AUGGAGAUAGAUGUUCUAAUAUAUGGUAGCCCCAACCAAGCCAUCCCAGGCCGAGUGAGCGGUGAAGCUAGAAUCAUUCGUCUCGCUGCACACAGAUUAUUCGCAGCUCGCUGCAGUAACAGGGAAAAGAAGCAUCAAUUCGUGGUUGCCUUUAAGGCAAAGGGUACAAAUCCUUAUAAAAUUGUGCACGCAUUUUUUGUGUCGUGCACUUCAUUUGAAGCAAGAAGAUACAAGGCUACAUCAUGUCUGUGUUUCACUUGUGGUCAGCCUGGACCACGCAUGCAUUCCUGUCUACACUGCAUAUUCUUUGCAUGUUAUGCUGGUCAUAUGCAAGACCAUUCAAAAUUAAAAAAACACUUUCUCUAUGUGGACCUGAGCUUUGGAAAUAUAUUUUGUGUACAAUGCCAGGAUUAUAUUUACGAUAGAGAAAUCACCGAGAUUGCUAUGGCACAUAGAAUAAAAGAAGCGAAGUCUCUCGGAAUAAAUGUGCCAUUUACACCAUGGUUACCCAACAAUAAUGAGGCAAUGGCUCUACGUCGCCUUCGUAAGAGGCGCCUCAUCAGUCCACAUACAACCAUUGGACUGCGGGGUCUACAAAAUCUAGGAUCCACAUGCUUCAUGAACUGCAUAGUUCAGGCGCUAAUUCAUACGCCGCUGCUACGCGACUACUUCUUGGCCGAGAAACACAAGUGCAAAGUCGCAGGGGACCGGGAAAUGCCUCGUUUGCGAGGUUUCCAAACUGAGUUCUACUCUGGCGCCAAGACCCCACUGACCCUGCACCGGCUGCUGCACCUGAUCUGGACGCACGCGCGCCACCUGGCGGGCUACGAGCAGCAGGACGCGCACGAGUUCUUCAUCGCGACCCUGGACGUCCUGCACAGGCACUGCAUGAACGGCGUCGAGGACACGGAGAAGAAGGAGAACGGGCGCUGCAACUGCAUCAUCGACCAGAUCUUCACGGGGGGGCUGCAGAGCGACGUGGUGUGCACCUCGUGCUCGGGCGUCUCCACCACCAUCGACCCGUUCUGGGACAUCAGCCUGGACGUGGCCGGCCCCGGGUCGCUGCAGGCCUGCCUCGAGCGGUUCACGCGCGCGGAGCACCUCGGCUCCGGCGCGAAGAUCAAGUGCUCCAACUGCCGCGCGUACCGCGAGUCCACCAAGCAGCUGACCCUCGAGACGCUGCCGAUAGUGGCCAGCUUCCACCUGAAGCGGUUCGAGCACUCGUCCCAGAUCGACCGCAAGAUAUCGGCGUUCGUCUCGUUCCCCGCCGAGCUGGACAUGACGCCGUUCAUGUCGCCCCACCGGCGGCCCGACAAGGGCGCGGACAACAACAACACGGCGCCCGGCGGCCUCUUCCAGGACAACAGAUACUCGCUGUUCGCGGUGGUGAACCAUUUGGGCUCGCUGGACGCGGGCCACUACACCGCCUACGUGCGCCAGAUGAAGGGCAGCUGGUUCAAGUGCGACGACCACAUGAUUACCAGGGCCUCGCUGCGCGAAGUGCUCGACAGCGAGGGAUACCUCCUGUUCUACCACAAGACUGUUAUGGAAUACGAAUGCGACGGC